AUGGAUAAAUGGCAGGACACAGUCCUGGAGUUUCAGGGGCUGUGUCCAGCUUGCUCAGGGGGGGCAAGCGAGAGUAGAGAAGAGAAGGGCCAAGGUUGGGAUGAGAUGCCGAAUUUGAUUCGGUCGUUUGAGUGUGGGCAUUCGAAGCUUUGGGUUCGGGCGGAGAGUUUGCAGAAGUGUUUUGUGUGUGAGAGAGUGAACAGUUGCAGUGGUGCUGGGGGGAUGCAGCAGGAAGUACAGAGACAGAAGCAAAAGCUUGAUAUCAGGACGGAUGUUAGGAUUGAGAUUGGAGAUUCGCGGAUUGCUGAGUUUUGGGAGAGGGAGUACUUGUUUUCAGAAGAGGAGGCGUCUAAGAUCCAAUUUGAGAAGUGGGAAGUUGAGUGGAUGUGUGCGGCUUGUCGGAAGAAAGGGAAGGGGGAGGAUGAGAAUUUGUUGUCAUCAACAUCGCGAAAGCUGCUGAGUGCAUGGAAGAGGUUGCAAGUAUCAUUUCAAGAGAAACAAAAAGAGUAG